AUGGCGCCCCACCAACUGGCUGAUGACGUAUUUCCGUUUCCGUCUACGCAGCCCAUAUCAGUAGACUUUAUCGAAAACCGAGAUGCAGGAUUCCGAAACACCGAAGGCGAUUUGCAAUGCAAAUAUGACCCAAUUCGUCAAACGUUCGUACCCCUCCCGGUAGUUCCAGAUACGGCGCUCGAAGACCAGGAAGCGGCGCUCGAAGAGAGCAAACUGCAGGUAGUCGCAACCACGGAGAGCUUUGUAAAGGCCAUAUCAGCUCUGAAGAAAAAGAAGUCCAAGGAGAAGAAGAUAGCAAGCUUCGAUCUCGACUCUUGCCAUGACUGGAAAGACAUCACUCUGCUCAUACAGGAGGUGGUGAAGGAUUAUCACAAGGAUGAUUCCACACGAGGACGUCUACGCGGCCAAGUUCGGCGCGUUGGGGACAACGCGAAGUCGAUACAGACCUUUGUUGGCCUCUUGCCCGACGGAGAUCUUUUGAAGAACAGUAACUACGGGGAAACGAUUGAUCAAUGUCUCCAGAACAUCAGCCGCUCUAAAAGUCGCUUCACGGACGAGACCCAGGUGUACUUGGCUUAUUAUCAACAAGCUACAUUUCAAGGAACACGCAAACUCAACGCUCAGUCCCAUGAGAUCAACUCGAACGUUCUCAACCUGAGUGGACAGGUUGUCCAAAGCGAAGCGAACCUCAGCCACGUGAUGACAGACGUGACGACAGCUGGUGUAAACGCGAUUAAGGGACAUCUUGACGACGCAAUCAAGAAUGCUGACUGGCAGGGCAACAUAGAGAAACUUGCCAAGACCUUGAUGGCGCAGCAGUUGGACGCCGCAAAUGACAAGCAAGAGAUACUGGAGCUUAGAGACCAAUUCGCCAAAGCAGUCAUCACCCCGAAGUGUCUCAUGAGAGACCUGCGAUUGAAGCCCAAGAAGCAUACACACCUACAAGAAACUUCUAUGGUGCUCAAAGAUGGACUGAACAGCUCGGCGAAAUUCCAAGAACGCGCUGGCUGGGCAGGCAGCAACCGCCGUUUCCAAGCCUGGCUGGGAGGAGAGAAUAACUCCCAAAUGCUGUGUGUCCAGGGCCGCGGCGAUUUCGACAGAACAUCACCCCUGAGCUUCCUCAUAUCAAUCCUCCACGAGAGGCUCGUGACAGCACCACGCACGCUGGUCCUUCCGUUCUUCUGUGGGAGAGGCAAAGUAAGUGAUGGACCCGUGGUCAUGCUUAAGGCGCUAGUGGUCCAGCUCCUCAGUAUUUGCGACGCCGAAGGGCACACCGGAGAGAAAGGUCGACCCAUCCUCUCAUUUCUUGGACACGAAGAAAGGAUGCAGUUGAACGUGCAGGACUGCGUGGCGUACACAAAAGUGCUUACGCAACUGCUACGAGAGCUGCGUAAGAAGUAUGAUGCAAUCUUCAUUUUGAUCGACGGUGUUGACUUCUACGAUUCGGAUUUCGAGGAAGAGACCGAUGAUUUUGUUAAGAGCAUGAGGAAGUUGGUCAAAUCGCUCAACAAGCCAAAUGACGAGGCGCUUGGUGGUGUUGUAAGGGUGCUCUUAACAACAGCCACAUAUUCGAGCCGCUUCGAUUCUCCUGCGAAGCCACUGGUUGUAAUUGAUGUGCCGGAGUAUAUAGAGGGGUCGAUGGACGGGUUCGAGAGGUUCACGUAG